GCGUUGACUCCCAAGCACGUGUGGCGCAUGCCGGAGUUUCGAGAUUGGGCAGACGCGAUCGAGGAAAAGCUUGGUCGCGGUUGGGACGCGAGGGUGAAGCUGCGGGACAAUGUCUGGGGACCGCUGAGUGGCCACAGAGGUUCGGGCGCGAUCACAUUCUUUUCCCGUCUGGUGCUCAAGAGCUACCUGGACAGCCUGGUCGGGCACGUGUACGAUCAAGUCAUCGUCACUCGAUGGGACCACGUGUACACCUGCGCCCAUCCCCGCCUUGCGUUGCUGCCGGGUGCGGUUUAUGUGCCGGAGAAGGAGGGAUACGGCGGCGUCACUGACAGGCACACGGUGUUCGCGUUUCGCGACCGUGAGAGGGUCUUGGGGGUGCUGCAAUGGCUUGUGCACCACGACUCUCCCGAGCUGAAAAGCCCCGAGCGCGCGCUGCAGCACUUCUACCACGCAAGUGGUCUCAAGGUGCACACCUUUGGGAGGACCAUGUUCAUCGUGGCGCGAAGAGGCGUAGAUGAGAGCAGAUGGCGCAGGCCGAACCCCGAGUGGAAUUGCCACAGAAGCCCCAUCGAUGGCAUGGUUGCCCUGAAGUACGUGCAGGAGUACGCCGCCGCCAUGCGGACGUGUGCGGCAGACGCAGACUCUGUGUGCCCUUUGUAUGAACGGUUCAAGCGGAGCUUGACAGGGCUCCACGCACGGCCGGGGUACCUCAGUAGACUCAGGCGUAGGGGUGAGGCUGAGGGCAAGCGCCUCGGAAGUAAGAUCCCUUGGCGAUCUGGGUCGCGCAUUUAAACGAAAGGACGCACAAGUAUCUGAUUAAUUCGUAAGAAUCGCAUGUCGCAUC